GGAUCGGCAUGGAGGAAAGGAACUGAACCUUUCUUCUUGUUCACGAAGCAGACCUCUGCUUCUUCGAUCUAUACCAAUCCAAUUCCUCUCUCCUUCCCCUACCCUAACACCAAACCAAUCACCCACCGCCCUAAUCCAGAGCUAUUCGGUUAUUCCCUCCCCUGCCGGGGGGGCGGUGCGCUCAGAUGCAAAUUCUCUGCCUUACACUACCUCUCCUCCGACACCGUAACUUUGCCACCGUUCCUGCCCUAAUGCCCCGCCUCUCCUGCCCCUUGCGACCUCUCUCUUUCAUGGCAUCUGCAACGUCUCGCUGGUGGCUACCAGUUCAUGCGCGACGAGUUUCCCCACUCAUGGUGUUUCCCUAUCCACCUGCCCGUGGUGUUUCACGAAGAUUUCCUAGUGAACCUCGGAACAUGGUCAUCAACAGUAAAGUAGAAGGCAAGGAGUCUGCUAAACCAUACAUGGGGCCGUCCAUCUCUUCUGCCAACGUUACUGUAUCCCAGGACAGGCACUCUGCAGCCACCCAGGGCACGAAAAGCAUUGACACCGGGGGCAUAAUCUUGGAGGUUAUAGCUGGAGAUGAGAGAAGUGAUAAAGAUGCUUGUAGGGUCGCAUCAGAGACUACAUGUGUCAAACAUGAUACAUUGAUGCAAGUUGUGAAGAACACUGACUGUGUUAAGGAAGAUCAAAGGAGCACAGCGGAUAAUCACAGGGUGGAAAUUGUUGCCAGUGGUGACAAAGUAGUCAGUGAUGAUGAAGAAAUGACUGUCAAUAAUAUACUUGCAAAAAGUAGACACCGUGAUGGUUCCAUAUACAGGGACAUGGAUACAUGGUGGAAACAGGACUAUUGUAUUGGGAACCGUAAUGAGACUCGCUUGGAGGCAAUGGCAUUCUCAAAUCCCACAAAUUGUGUUAUUCGCAAUGGAACUUGCAUGGAACAUUUUCCUUGUUGCAUGCUGCAAAUUUUAUCAAUAAAGUUGGCUAAAAUUCCAGUGGAUUGUCGCUUAGUAGAGUUGUAUGGAUACAUAGCUGUGCGGGAUGAUCUGGAUCCAUUGCUUAAUUAUAUUGUUAAGCUUAGCAGGGAUGAUCCCAUCGUUGUGGAGCAGGGUUCUCUCAUCAAUAUGGCUGGUCCUAAGCGAGGGAUAGACAUGAUGGACUUUACUUUGAUCGAAUAUGACAUGAGGGUCAAGACAGGCGAAGAAGAAAAGGAUGACCUACAGCUGAUCGAUGGUGCAUCAUUCAUAGGCCCAGGGAUAUGGAAUCAGCCAUUUACAGUUCACAUUCCUGGUGAUUAUGGUGCAGUCGACAUAACAUUAUCACGUCUCCAUUCUGCAGUUGAGGCAACUCUAGAGGUCCUCGUAUCAGAAGUGCAAAUCAGUUUCGAUUUGUCGCUCAGUUGUUUAACAAGUGGGCUGAAUAAGGGAAUCUGGCUGUUUAAUGGCACCAUUGCUGAGUCAUGCAGCUUGAAGAGGUCUGUGGUUGCUGUAUUAAGGGAAUCUUCGAUAGAUCUGAAGAUCAAAAUUGAUGCACUGUCAUCCAGUUCUGAACAACAUUGCUGUUCCUUCCAUGCAAAAACCCAUGGCCAUGAUACUCAAGAAAUAAUGAGUGCUUUUGCUUUCAUCUCGGUGAAGGUGACUUGGUCGACAUUGCCUGAUGGACUAUGCCGAUAACUCUUCUGUUCCUGUAACGAGUGGGUCGAAGAGACCAACAGUACGGCUUAAAUUUAGGUGUGACAAACCUUGGAUAAAUUUAGGUGUGGCAAACCUUGGAUAAUGAACAAUAUAUUGUAAUAAGUUACUCUUUUACUCCCUUUGUCCUAAAAAAGUGCAAUUCUCAUUUCUCGAGAAGUCAAAUGAUUUCAAGUUUGAUCAAACUUAUUAAAAAAUUACUAACAUCUAUAUCUUCAAAUAGGUUUCGUAUAAAAUAUAUAUUACAUGAUUAACCUAAUGAUACUUAUUUAACAAUAUAAAUGUUAAUAGUAUUUUGUAUAAAUUUAGUCAAAUUUGAAACUUACUCCUCCAGAAACGAGAGUUGCAUUCUUUUUUGGAUGGAGAGAGUACUUUUUCUACUUAUUCGGUACAGCUGGCCAUGUCAAUGGAUGGUCCAGUCGUUUC